AUGACCAUCCCCUUGCACACGAUCACGUCCUUCCGGGCGACCUUCAAUCCGUUCUCCCGGUCCGCUCGUCCCUGUCGCUUGCUCCUCUCUCUCCUCCGCAACCCUUCCACCACACCCGCCUCGAGUCCGACGCAUAUCGAUAUCCAAGUUACUCAGCUGCCGCGCCACUCGACACAGCUCCCCGAGAUGACGGUAGGGUUCAGAGGAGGCAAGGAGGUCAAGAUCGAGGUGGGCAAGAACCAAAUGAAGAUCGGUGAUGUGAUCGAAGAACUUGCGCGUGUGGGACGGAGUAUCGAGCGAGAACAGACCCUCAAGGGUUGA